AUCGGCGUGGAAGUCGGUCAUGCCGAGGGGACCAUGCGCCGCCGCCUCGCUGAGGCCGUCGUCUGGCGGCCUGGGCGGCGCGGCCGUGUGCUGCGCGCAGGCGCACCUCUGCGCCGAGGCGGCGCGGUGGGUCUCCGCCGCGGCCGCCGCAACAUUGAUGCUUGCUACAGGAACAACCGUACGCAGAUCUCUCCUUGUGCCUCUCUUCGCUCUACAAGCACCUUCCAGCACCGUCUCAUUGAUCAAGGGUGAUUACGGCCGGUGGAUUGCCUUUGUGGGUAUUCUCCUGCGUUUGUUUUACUCCAUUCCAGGUGAACUUGAGCUUCCUUUGUCAACAGUUCUGCUUGUUAUGACCGCUCCUUACCAAUUUAUGGACUCGAGAGAGUCUCAAGGUGGUGCUAUACUCUCCGCGGCAAUAGCGAUUUAUCUCACUUUUCAACAUUUUAACGGGGUGGGAAGCUUGAGGAGGGCCUUUCGCCGUGAAUCAAUAAUCGCCACCGUUAGCAUCAUCUGCUUGAUAUUCUUCUUGCAAUGCCCUUAUUAGGCAUGUGCAGGAGCUAACCUGAAAAGCUGGUUGUAGUCUUCGGAGAGCAUACAAAAAGUACCGAAACCCUUUUCCUCUGGAACAAGUCUGAGUACAGUGCAAUGCAAGAUCCUAUCAGCAUUUGUAAUGCAAGAUUGUGAUUAAUCUACUGGCAUGGGCAUUUUUGAUGCGUUACAUGCUGUGGUAAAAGUUGAGGAAAAUUAUACAGUACAGCCUUGGUCCUUGGUUAUGCUACAUCACUUGUGUUCAUACAUUGGCUUGUCUGCGGAGAAGAAAGUUUUAGUUAACCAUUUGCCGGUUCAUGCUCUUAGCCGUUGCAGUAUUCAUCUGUAACCUGUUUCUUCUGAUAUUUGGA